AUGAGUCCCUUCAAAGAACUGAACCUUAAAAAAAUCUCACGUGGUCGGAAACCGAUUUUUAAGUUAGCACCACGACAACGUUUACGGAUAUUAAAUUUGUUGCGGCAGAACGAUAAAAAAGAUCAUAACAUACAAUCAAAUAAUCCAGUGAUAGAUACUGCGAAUGAAUCUCAUAUUAAUGUAGCCCCUCAUAUUAAUGUGUCUGAAUAUCAAUAUUCUCUCGACCAAAUAUCUCAUGUCAGCGAACAUGAUAGUUUUAAAGAAUCUCUUGCGAUAGCUUUUAUACAAGGAAAUCUUACGCAUACUCAAGGAAAUAUAAUCUUGAAAACAUUGCGAUCCUUACCCUGUCUCUCGUAUCUCCCGAAAGAUUCACGAACAUUAUUGAACACUCCACGUAAAGGCCCUAUUAUUUCUAAAGUUGAUCCUGGAGAAUAUCUCCAUAUAGGAUUUGCGAAAGCUCUUAUCAGAAUUUUACAAAAAACGCCACCGAACUUAAUUCCAGAUAUAAUAAAAAUAGAUUGGAGUACUGAUGGUGCCAGAUUAAAUAAGUCGGGUAAUAUGCAAAUUUGGCCGAUUCAAUGUUCUGUAGCUAACAUCGCUAAUUCUAAACCUGAAGUUGUAGGAAUCUAUAAAGGGCCAAAGAAACCACAAAAUAUUAAUGUUUUUCUAGAUCAAUUUAUAAAUGAUGUUUUAGAAGUUAUUGAUAGUGGUGGUAUUUCAUUUCUAAAAAAAAAGUUACCAGUGGAAUUACGAGCUUUCAUUGCAGAUACACCUGCACGGUCUUGGAUAAUGAACCAUUUUGGACAUACUUCCAGUAAUCCGUGUUCUAAAUGUCGAGUUGUUGGUACUCGAUGCGAGGACCAAAUGGUUUUUAUGGGCAUAAAUCAUCGCUUACGAACAGAUGAUGAAUAUAGCAAGCUAGAUGAUGAAGAUCAUCACAAAGGACCCAGUCCACUAACUCGUGUUGCCAAAAAAUUAUUAACUGCAUGGGUUACUGGAAAGUAUGGAAAAAAAAUGAAAUUAUCUGGCCGAAAUCAAGAUUUUAUUUCAAAAAGAUCAGAACAUAUUGCACGAUAUUGUCCACGAGAAUUUGCAAGAAGGCCAAGAUCACUGGCUGAUUAUAAAGAUUACAAGGCAACUGAAGGUCGUCAAUUAAUUUUGUAUACUGGACCAGUAGCUUUGCAAGGUGUUAUGGAAAAACAAGGUUAUAUGCACUUCUUACUUCUUCAUGCCGCGAUACGUGCAUUGUGUCAUUCACCGACUUCGCAAACGUUGUUACUUUUUGCAAAACUUGCUCUGGACAAUUUUGGUCAUCCGUCUCGUCAAAUUGUACGGCCUAGAAAAUAUAAAACUACUUCGUUGUCAGAUAUAGACAAAGUCGUAAGACGAAAAAAUAAGUGUGAUCUUGAUCAGACUGUCGACAUCGAAAAUGAUAUUAAUCAAAUAAGAAGUAGAUUAAAUGUUAAUAAAGAAAACGAAGCUGCUAAUAUCGACAUUCAAUGUGCCUCUGCUUCCACGAAUAACAAUUAUUCAGACCAAUUGAUAAAUCCAUUGGAGGACAUAAAUCCAUUAAAUGUUGCUGGUCAUUUUGAACGGCGUUUUGUACCUCAAAAGACAUACACCGACUUAUUACCGCUGAGAUCUACAGCAGAUUUAAAUGAAAAUUCUGUUCCAAAUACUUCAUUCAAUGGAUCUUCAAUUUCACGAAAUGAGACAUGUCAUCACCAAGUCACAUCUACAUUAACGUCUACACAGACAGGUCAAGCAAUAUACGGACUUUCUCAACAAAGUCCUUGUAUUACAACAUCUAUGUCUUUACAGACAGGUCAAGGAAUAUAUGGAUUUUCUCAACAAAGUCCUUGUGUAACAACUAUAUCUUCACAGACAGAUCAAGCAAUAUACGGACUUUCUCAACAAAGUCCUUGUGUUACAACUAUAUCUUCACAGACAGGUCAAACAAUAUACGGACUUUCUCAACAAAGUCCUUAUGUUACAACCAGUAUAAAUCAACAGGAGAAUCCUACUCAAUUAAUACCUGCUCAUUCAAAUAAAUCUGGUCACAGCAACGAUAGAUUACAAGAUAAAGAAAUAUCGCUGCACGAAAAGUUAAGCAAUGUUGUCUCCAAGGAAGAAUUUCAAUGCCUACGCAACGAAUUGAAUACAUACCAUCUGUGAGUAAAUACUUUAUUUAGGAACUAUUUAACGAAUUAUAAUUCUUGUUGUGAAUUUUUAAGUGAUUAUUUUAGUUGUUCGUCUGACAGUUGGCGUAGGUUUAAAGCUCCUGGUACUUUACCAGCCAUAUUAGAAAUCGUGACGUCAGAAGCGAGAAAUGACACGCUGAGAAUUCUUGCGUGCCAUUUUUUAAUAACAAGGUAUUUGGAUAAAAGGAUACUUUAAAUUACUUUGGCAUACUUCUAAAAUAGACAGAAAAGUAACCCUUUCUGUCAACAGUCAAUUAACAGCCGUAAAAUGAAUGUGAUGUGAAACUUGGUCAUACAGAAUAACUGCGCAUGUGCAAGCUAGGUUUCAUAUUUCAAUCAUUUUACAGCUGUUGAUUAAUUUACUGGGUCUACAAUGCGAGUCUCAGAGUCGUAGUCGUAAGAAUAAUCGACUAUAAUUGGUCAAUUCUUAUGCGACUGAAUUGACCAAUUAGGCCGGGUCUAUAAUAGGUGUAGUAAGCCGUAAGCCGUAAGAAAGUGAUCAAUUUACCCCUGGUCCACAAUCUUGCUUUAAGUAAGCUGUAAGCCUUAAACCGUAAGAAAUUAA